AUGCUGUGUCCUUGGCGUGUGAAGCUGAAGCUGCUGCUUGCCACAGUGACUCUGGUUUUCCUCAUCUCAUGGCUUUACCUCUUUAUGGGUAAUCUGGACAAUGGAUGUUCCCUUAUGCUGCCCCCUUGCUUUGGAGAACAGUCAAGUCAGUACCUUGACCGUGAAGCCUUGGCAUCCCAGGUGCGAAAAAUGGAAGAGGAAAACCAACUGUUGAAGCUGCAGCUCAGCCACUCUCAGGCACAGGAGGAGACCCCGGGUAGAAUGGACUUCAGCCAGCAGGGAUUACAGUUCAUCAAAGAGCAGGAAGGAAGGAGCAACUAUAGUGGUUGUCCUAAACAGAGGAUGGUUCAGAAGUGUGAGCUCCUCCAUGUUGCCAUUGUUUGUGCUGGAUACAAUGCAAGCCGGGAUGUAGUUACCUUGGUGAAAUCGAUCCUCUUCCACAGGAAGAAUCCUCUCCACUUCCAUCUCAUCACAGACUCAGUGGCCCGACAGAUACUACAGACGGUCUUCCAGACCUGGAUGGUGCCCUCAGUUCAAGUUAGCUUUUACAAUGCUGACGACUUGAAGCCAGACAUUUCCUGGAUCCCCAACAAACAUUACUCGGGAAUCUAUGGAUUGAUGAAGCUGACACUCACUAAAGCUUUGCCCUCUGACCUUUCCAAGGUCAUCGUCCUUGAUACUGACAUCACAUUUGCUACUGACAUUGCUGAGCUGUGGGCUGUCUUUGGGAAGUUCUCAGAUAAACAAGUGAUUGGACUAGUGGAAAACCAAAGUGAUUGGUACCUGGGGAAUCUCUGGAAGAACCAUAAACCAUGGCCAGCAUUGGAUCGUGGCUUCAAUACAGGGGUAAUCUUGUUGCUGCUGGACCGUUUGCGCCACCUUGGUUGGGAGCAGUUGUGGCGGGUGACAGCCGAGCAAGAGCUCAUGAACAUGCUCUCCACCUCACUAGCGGAUCAGGACAUCUUUAACGCGGUGAUUAAACAAAAACCAACUCUUGUGUACCGGCUCCCUUGCUUCUGGAAUGUGCAACUCUCUGACCAUACCCGUUCAGAGCAGUGCUACACCGAGGUGUCUGAUCUUAAGGUGAUUCACUGGAACUCUCCCAAGAAGUUGCGAGUCAAAAAUAAGCAUGUGGAAUUCUUUCGGAACCUUUAUUUGACCUUCUUAGAGUAUGAUGGCAACUUGCUGCGCAGAGAGCUGUUUGGCUGUGCCAGCUUGCCCAGUGGCCAGCUCCAGCAAGCUCUGGAAGAGCUGGAUGAAGACGAUCUUUGCUAUGAUUUUCGGAGGCAAAGCCUUAUUCAGCACCGUGUCCAUCUCUUCUUCCUGCAAUAUGCUUUUUCAGGGUCGGCUGAUGAAAUAGAUGUAACUCUCAUAGCUCAGCUGUCCAUGGACAGGUUGCAGAUGCUGGAGGCGAUAUGUAAACAUUGGACAGGCCCCAUUAGCCUGGCUUUGUACAUGUCUGAUGCGGAGGCCCAGCAGUUUCUACGCUAUGCUCAGGCAUCAGAGGUGCUGAGUAACCGUCAGAAUGUUGCCUAUCACAUUGUAUACAAGGAAGGGCAGUUUUACCCAGUUAAUUUUUUGCGCAACAUAGCCCUGAAAAAUGCACAGACCUCCCAUGUUUUUCUGAUGGACAUUGAUUUCCUGCCUAUGUAUGGCCUCUAUGAUUAUCUCAGGUCCUCCAUCAUGCAGCUGGAGCUGCCCCCAAAGAAGGUAGCACUCAUAGUGCCUGCGUUUGAGACUCUGCAUUACCGCCUCAACUUUCCCAAAUCCAAAGCGGAGCUGCUCACCAUGCUGGACAUGGGCUCCCUCUAUACUUUCAGGUAUCAUGUGUGGCCCCAGGGCCAUGCUCCAACAGAUUAUGCCAAAUGGCGGACAGCCACAGUGCCGUAUCGAGUGGAAUGGCAACCACAGUUUGAGCCUUACGUUGUAGUAAGGCGUGAUUGUCCCCUCUAUGACCAACGGUUUGUAGGCUUUGGGUGGAACAAGGUGUCUCACAUCAUGGAGCUUGAUGCUCAGGAGUAUGAGCUGCUUGUCCUGCCCAACGCCUUCAUGAUCCAUAUGCCUCACGCUCCUAGUUUUGACAUCUCCAAAUUCCGCCAGAGUGCUAGCUAUCGGAACUGCCUCCAGAUCUUGAGGGAAGAAUUCCAUCAGGACCUGUCCCGCAAGUAUGGUGCAGCAGCACUAAAAUACCUCACUGCGGAGAGAAGUUUAUGAAUGGCAACCAGAAUACCAAAGGACCGUGUGACCUGCAAAUCGACAAGACUCAGACUUCUUGGAGAGACUCACAUCAGAAGCUCAGUCCUUCUAGCUAUGGUGAUCUAAUGGUACGGCCAUGCCUAGAUUGUGAAUGGAAUUUUAGCCACGGCUGUUGUUCAGGGCUAUAUUUUGUGGCAAAUUCUGUUCUUAGAUUAACUAGGCAAAUUACAUUUCUAUGCAUCUGCCUCUUUUUACAGAUUGUUCCCAGAUUAAGAAGAAGUCAGAG